AAAUGUUAUUGAAGUGCAUCUAUUUGUGAUUGGCUAUAAUUAACUUUAAAGCUUAUAUAAUCAUAUUUUAGCCAAUAACUCGCUUAUAAUUCUGAUACUGUCAUUUGUAUUUGUAUCGAAAACAAUAUUUGUCCGAAAUAUCACCUAUCAGGGAUCACGGUAUCAGGUCAUCACUCAAUACUCAUCAAUCUCCUAUAGUCGAGCCGUUAACAGAUACAACAUUCACAAUGGGUCGCAAAUUCAUUGUCGGUGGUAACUGGAAAAUGAAUGGUGAUAAAAAUCAAAUAAAUGAAAUUGUUAACAAUCUGAAGAAGGGACCUCUUGACCCUAAUGCAGAGGUUGUUAUUGGAGUUCCUGCUAUUUAUCUAGCUUACGUUAAAAGCAUUGUUCCCGAUACAAUUGGUGUUGCAGCACAAAACUGCUGGAAAGUACCUAAGGGUGCUUUCACAGGUGAAAUCUCCCCUGCAAUGAUUAAAGACGUUGGAGCUAAUUGGGUUAUCCUCGGUCAUUCGGAAAGGAGAGCCAUCUUUGGUGAAAAAGAUGAACUUGUUGCAGAAAAGGUUGCUCAUGCUCUAGAGUCUGGUUUGAAAGUAAUUGCAUGCAUCGGUGAGACUCUCGAAGAGAGGGAGGCUGGUAAAACAGAGGAAGUUGUGUUUAGACAGACUAAGGCUCUCCUGCCAGCGAUUGGCAACAAUUGGGCCAAUGUUGUGUUGGCAUACGAACCUGUAUGGGCUAUUGGCACUGGCAAGACUGCUACACCACAACAAGCUCAAGAAGUUCAUGCAUCACUUCGCAACUGGUUGUCUUCCAACGCAUCGCCUGAUGUUGCUCAAAAUGUCCGUAUUCAAUACGGAGGUUCGGUGACGGCUGCAAAUGCUAAGGAACUCGCUGCCUCUCCAGACAUCGAUGGCUUUCUUGUUGGUGGAGCAAGUCUCAAACCCGAAUUCGUUGAAAUCGUAAAUGCUACUAAGUAAAAUAAUACAUUUGUCAUAGAGAAGCAAACAGUAUAAAAAUAUAGUAUGUGUAACACGAAGAAAGUUUAUCUUAAAAUGUGCGGGAAAUUAAAAAUUUCGAAUCAUUUGUAAUGUCGAUUCAAACUAAAUAUAUAUUUUUCUUAUAAUUCAGUUUUGUUUUAUCAGAUUAUUAAUUUAUUUACAUCUAAGCAAAUGUUGAAGCAGUAUACUAAUUAAAUAGUUUUUUCUAUAAAUAUUUUAUACAGUUGAUAUUUAUUUUACAUACAAGUCUAUCGAUUUGUUUUAAUGUUAUAGCGUGUCGUAUUGUAAUCGUAUAAAAAUCGGUUAAAAUUUUAUGGAUUAUGUAGUACAUUUUUUUUUACAUUAGAGAUAAAAUGCUGGCGUAAAAUUGCAUGUUAUGCUUGCGGAGAAUAUGUAUUUGUUAAAAUUGUGCGAUUAAAAGCUCUUGAAUGUU